CUGGCACCGGAUGUAGGACCUUGUUUGGAGUAUAAUAUGCGCUGGUUUUACAAUUCUCAGUCGGGUCUUUGCGAGCAAUUCACGUAUGGUUCGUGCGGUGGUAACACGAAUAAUUUCAUCGACAAACAAACUUGUGAAGCGAAAUGCCAAUCAGGUUCGUUUCAUCUGACAUCUGGUUUAUUCAGUUAUUUGCUAACUUACUGUUAUUAUUCUUAUAUUAUCAUCAGUAAUUAG